GUUAUUCGAACGGUAUUAACUUAUGGUAUCCCACACAAAUAAUUGGGAAAAUUUACUUCUGUAUGUGCAGUGAGUUUAAAACAGACGGCUUCUACAGGAGUUUACUGAAGAACCGAGGUAUAAAAACAAACUUCCCCGAGCUGGACAAUCUACCAUCAACUACUCGUCGAUAGGUCAAAUCAAUCAGUGCGUUACUGUUGAACGUUUCGAUAAGCUGUCCCUAUCACAAGCGAGUCGAGAGAAAAUAUGGAACGUUGGAUCGGAAAAGUAGCGGUCGUAACGGGUGCCAGUUCCGGCAUUGGAGCGGUCAUUGCUCGGGAGCUGGCCAAAGCUGGAAUGGUUACUGUGGGAUUGGCUCGGCGAGUGGAACGUGUUGAAGCAAUCAAGAGCCAGCUAGAUAAGGACAGGGCUAGCAAAUUGCAUGCGUUGCGAUGUGACGUCUCGAAGGAAUCGGACAUUGUCAGCGUUUUUGAAGAAAUUGAAAAGCGCUUCGGUGGAGUUGAUGUAUUGAUCAACAAUGCAGGGGUAGUGCGGGACACGGCCUUGUUCCGAGACGAUGGCGCUCAGCUUUUGAGAGACAUUUUGGAUACCAAUGUAAUCGGAUUGACUUUGUGUAGCAGGAAAGCGCUCAAGUCGAUGAAGGAACGAUCGGUGGAUGGACACAUCAUUCAUAUUAACAGUAUUGCGGGUCAUAGAGUUUUGAACUUCCCGCACAUGAACAUGUACUCGGCCAGUAAAUUUGCCGUGACGGCCAUUACGGAAACUAUGCGGAACGAGCUACGCGAAAUGAAGUCCAAAGUUAAGGUUACCAGUGUCAGCCCUGGCGUUGUGAAGACGGAAAUCGUCGAUGGACUGGAUGAUCAUCGGGAUUUUCCCAAGCUCGAGUGUGAAGACAUUGCCAAUGCUGUGUUGUAUGCCCUCGGCACUCCGCCGCAUGUUCAGGUCCACGAAAUCAUCAUCAAACCCGUAGGUGAGGCUUUCUAAACAGGAAGUGGUCCAACAACAAAAAAAAACGCAUUACUUUAAAUAAAAACAAUCAAAUAAAUCGAAAAUUUCCUUGAGCUCC